AUGUCCAGCGGCUCCGAAUCCAACUUCGAUCUAGGAAUGAAUGUAAACCUGUUCGCAACACAGUAUAUCCUUGAUAGGCUGCGCCGGACCAUGCCCGGCGUCAAAAUCGUGUAUACCUCGUCCCUCGCGGUGUAUGGCCCCACGGCGCCUGGGUUUGUCAUUACGGAGCGGAAUAUGCCUCAGAUGCCUACGUCAUCGUACGGGAUGGAGAAGAGAGUUCAGAAGAUGUUGGAUGUUUUGGAGAUGGUUGGUGGGACGAAGAAGAGGGCUCUUGUGGAAGAGAAGCCCGAUGAAGACGUCAACCGGAUUGUGCAGGGGUGGUCGCCGAAUUUUGAUACGGCGUGGGCGAAGUCUUUAGGUUUUUAUGAGGAUAUGUCGUUGCUGGACAGUGUGCAAAGGUUUGUGAUUAACUCUUCAAUCACCAAAGGAAGGCAUCGAGUUGAGGUUACCCCUGGGUUGGAACCGCGGAAUAGCAGUGCGAAUGAAGUGGCUCGAGAACCAUUCCUAUCUAGACUACCCGUGGGCCACUAUGUGUGUCCUCUGGGGGUCGGCAACGCGCCUCAAAGUAUCAACGCCCUUUGGUGUCUUUUGACCUUCAGCGGGCGGAAGGAUGAUUACGAGGCCCAACCCCGGGAAAACUAUGAUACUGUCUUAAAGAAUGUUAAUCUCGACGAUGGCCUAGGAGUAUAUAUGGCGUCGAAGUGA